GAUCAAAUGCUGCACAUAAAAACAAAUCAGCGCGGAAGUGUUUGAAUAAUGGUGAGGGAUUAUAAAUGAGGGAGAAACAUCCUCGGAUGCUGUUUUUUUGUGUCUUGGCUCUCUUCUCUGCCGGAUGUUUGUCGAAUCUUAAAGAAAAGCAUGAGUCAGUGUGUUAAUCACAGGAUCUUUGAGGGAAGAGAUUAAGUGAUUUGCCGGUUACUGACUCUCUUUCAGACAAACAUUCCCAAUAAUUCCCAGAAGCCGGAGGCACAUGCAGGUGUAUUGAUGGGAUCUCUGCGUGCUUCGGUCGGUCUCAGACGUGCGCUGACACGUCUGUCAACAAGAAAAACACUUUCCCUGCAGAGCAGCGAGGAUCUCAUGUCUGUGAUGAUUAUCAUAAUCAGCCUGAACAUUACCUGCAACAUAAACCCAUCGCCAACUCAGAAAUUAACACUACUGUUACGGGACAUAAUGAUGGUGAUGGACUAUCAUAAUUGAAUUUGAAAAUACAGCAAUAAAUCUCGAACUGAAUAUUAUAUAUAUAUAUAUUCAAAUGCUUUAGCAUAGAAUAAUGUACACACUCGUAUAGAUUAGUUAGAAGCUGAGUUUAUUUCAGUAGCUGCAGGUUGCAUGUGGAGUUUGUUUGAGCUCCGCCUCUAAACCUUUGACCCCCACAGAAACUAUCUGAACUAUUUCAACACACACACACACAGAGAGAGAGAGAGAUUGUGUGUGUGUGUGUGUGUGUGUGUGUGAGAGAGAGAGAGAGAGAGAGAGAGAGAGAGAAUGUGUGUGCGCGUGUGAUGUGAUGUCAGUGGAUCAUGGAGCCUCGCUCUGACCGCGGUGUGUCGGAGUCUCCUGGCCGCACGGACGCGCUUCUAACUCGGUUACUUUUGCUGCGGAGCCCCGCUGAACGGAGCUAAAGCUGGAGGGUCGGAUCGGUACCGAUGGCUGAUCCUCUGCGGAGGACAAUUCUAGCCAAACUCAGGGGCAAGAAGCCCAAAGGGAAAGACGCGGGGGAAGGUAAAGAAAAAGUUUCUCAAACGCAGACAGAGAGAGAUUACAUUUCACAUGCGAUGAUGUGCGAGGAGCGGCGUGUGAACGCGCACGGAGUUCCCGCUGAUCAAAGGGAACGCGGAGACUCGAUCGGCUUCAGCGGCUGCGGUUUCAAACCCCGACGAGGGGCUUUAAAGCUAACAGAUGGUCAAGAUCUACAGAGUAAACAACCAAAUGCUGCACCACUCGGCCAAAAGGCCGGGGACAACAUGAGCGACUUUGAACGUCACUUCAGGGUUCCCCAGCCUCACGUGUGUGACGCGGAAAGCGAUUUAAUCCAGCUCAUAGAGAGUUCCCUGGAGUAUCAUGGAGAUUUUAGGAUACAGGGUCCGACUUUUUUCCCCACUGAUCUGGAAAUAACCGUGUCCCCCGGGCUGAGAGACGGGGCCCCUCGACACCACUCGGUCGAGAGCGAGGACGACGAUUAUUACGAUAACCAGAUUCUGCCCUUUUAUGACGUGAAAGAGCGGAACACGUCAAUAUCGGCGUCGGACGCGAGCGAAACCGACAGACUGAAGUCCCAGCUGAGAGACGCGUAUUAUUUGCUGAUAAACGCGACGCACGGGAUCAGUGUCGACGGUCAGCUCGAAGAUCACGGGUUCGGGGAUCAGUCCAGCAGCGCGUCCCACGACAGCGUCAGCACAGAGAGCGAUUCCGCUUCAGCGUUCUCCGCGUUCCUGACGCAGAGCAGGAGCUUGCGGAACAUUCGCGACGCGCGUCCCAAGCCGACGCUCCAGCGGUCGGUGAGCGAUAGCGAGGUGAAGUACGCGUCGAACCGCGAUGAAGAGCCGCGACGCGCCGUCGCAUCGGGUCUCGAUGUGCAACAGGUGGAUCCUACGGAAAACCUCCCGACGCCUGCGUCAUCGCGUCAAUCCUGCGACGACGCAGCGGUGCCCAAACACCCCGGAGUCACCGUCAACAAGAUGCAAGAGUGGAUGCAGAGAGGUCGCGUGCUGUCGUCCGAGAUGAAGCAGAGGAUCGCGGGCUCCAAGCUGAGAGCCAGUCACGUGAUGCAGCAGACAGCACCGCUGGAGUUCGUCUCCGGUCCGUCUGUAUUUCAGCGAGACUCCAGCGCACAACAGGCUCCGCUCAACCACAUCACCGUCUCCAAAAAACGGCAGUGGCUCCAUCAGAGCUGCGCUCGGCCCGUCCUGAAGCCCGAGGACGUCACAGCGCCCCCUGCAGCCGAGGAGGAGCACACACACCCACAAACACACCCUCCAUCGAACAAUAACUCACGUCUAACAGACAAAGAAGCGCCGAACCCAGCCGAGGAUAGCGAGGGAGAGAUCUGGUACAACCCCAUCCCGGAGGAUGAAGAGGCGUAUCUUCCGAACUGUGUUCCCAACAUCAGAAUCCAGACGGGACGAGGAGGAGCGGAUCGAGACGAAAGACAGACGCAAGAGGAGAGCAGAGCCACAGAUCCUUCAGAGCAAUCCACUGGUGGACUUUCUCUCUCUUCUACUCCCAGUCCAGCUAAAAGGAGCACUGCUAUCAACUGGUCUUUUCCUGAUAGAAUCAAGUCACCACGGACUGUCCGAAAACUGUCCAUGAAGAUGAAGAAACUGCCUGAUCUGAGUCGGAAGCUUAGUGUUAAAGGGACCCCUUCUAGCACUGUGGCCAUCAGCAACAGCCAAUCAGAAACCAGGGCGCACUCACCUACAGCCAAUGGGAUGGCAGAGUUGGGCAAGUCCCAGCCCAGACGGUCCCCGGCGGGUGUGAUGACUGCAUUGGCGAGUGGUAAUGUUAUUUGGCGAUACCAUCUCGACAGCAGUGUUUCUACGCAGCACAACUUUGACAAGAGAAGGAGCAACACCAGUGGCGUUCCCAAAUCGGCCAGUAAGGGAGGUUACCUAAGUGAUGGAGAUUCACCUGAACUUGUAGCCAAGUCUGGCAGGCACGGGAACUCGGAAAGAAAGAACGGGAAAGCCCGGGACAGGGAUCCCAAUGGGAAUGGUGGAAGUCCGAAGCUCCCUGGUACGGAGCUGGAUAUCGAUGCCUUCCGUUCGUACAGUUUCUCAGAGCAGCCAAAGUCGCUAACGUACAUCUCUGGACUAAUGAGUCUGCACUUUUAUGGCGCAGAGGACCUGAAGCCACCGCGGGUUGAUUCACGUGAUGUUUACUGUGCCAUCCAGGUGGACUCUGUCAACAAAGCUCGUACGGCCUUGCUGACCUGUCGGACGGCCUUCCUUGGCAUGGACCACACCUUCAACAUUGAGCUGGAGAACGCUCAGCACCUCAAACUUGUCGUCUUCAGCUGGGAGUCAAUGCCACGAAGGAAUCGAGUGUGUUGCCAUGGAACUGUGGUUCUCCCGACCCUGUUUCGUGUGAGAAAGACGCACCUGCUUGCAGUCCGCCUGGAACCACGUGGAAUGAUCUACGUGAAGCUGAGCCUCAUGGAGCAGAAGCAGACCUCUCUUGAUGGACAGGAGGGGGAUCAUGAAAUGCAGGUGUUUGGCCUAGAGGCUCGGCGCGUGGUGGAACGGGAAGCUUCAGGAUUAAUGGUUCCACUGCUCAUCGAGAAAUGCAUCUCUGAGAUCGAGAGGCGGGGUUGUCAGGUGGUGGGUCUGUAUCGUCUGUGCGGUUCGGCUGCGGUGAAGAAGGAGCUGCGGGAAGCGUUCGAGAGAGACAGUCACUCCGUCGAGCUCUCGGAAAACAACUACCCUGAUGUUAACGUCAUUACAGGCGUGCUGAAGGACUAUCUCCGAGAGCUUCCUCAUCCUCUCAUCUCGAAGCCUCUCUACGAGUCUGUUCUGGACUCGAUGGCCAAGAGGCCGCUGCAGAUGGAGAGCGGCGUCUGUGAGAACGACCCGGUCGACUCGGAUCACGCCGUCGGCUCACUGCGGAUCCUGCCGGAGGUUGAGAAGGCGACCCUGCGGAAGCUUCUGGAUCACCUGAAGCGCGUGGCGUCCCAUCACGAGGUCAAUAAGAUGACCUGUCAGAACCUGGCGGUGUGUUUCGGGCCGGUUCUGCUCGGUCAGAGACCCGAGGCGUCCUGCCACGGGAAGCGGGUCUUCAUCGACUCCGAGGAGCUCGCAAGCGCUCUGCACUUCAAGGAACACAUCGAGGUCCUUCAUUACCUGCUCCAGCUCUGGCCGGUUGUGAAUGCUCAGAGUGAAUCUUCUACUUCAGUUCCUGCCCCAGUGGAGUCGCUCCCAGCAACAACAUCUGCCGUAAGAAGGAGGAAAGAGCGUCCACAGGUGGUGAAUCUAACCGAUGAGGACAUGGCAGGUGUUUUGAGGCCUAGAGCUGGCCGCGUGGACAGUCCCAGUAACCGCUACGCCGGGGACUGGAGUGGAUGCCAGGAAACAUACCUCCAAACGACUUCCCCAGAGGAGGCAGACUAUGACGAGGUUCCCACCGAAGAUCCUCCAAACACAGGACAGGAGGACUUAUCAAAGGGUACUGGAGAUGUAAUCUCAAUACAAGAGUUACCCGAGGUGGACGAGGCAGUGGAGAGGGUUGAGGAAAUGCAGAUAGGAGAGGAAGAGAGUGAAGAAGAGAAUACAGAAGUUUUGGACAAGCUACAAGUUGAGGAACCACUUUCCAUCCGCCUCUGCGAUCAGAUCCUUUCUGAUCACAAGGAGCACAGACCCUACCAUCCCUACAUGAAGAUUCAGGAGAUAAGCCCAGUCCUAAACAACAGGAUCAACCUGCGGGACCUGCAGGAGAGCAUUGACACUCUUAUCGGCAACCUGGAAAGGGAGCUCAACAAGAACAAGCUCAACAUAGGGUACUGACUCUUUAACCGUACGGUCGAGAUAUGCUAGUGAUUGCCUAGAUACAUCAGCGCUACGUAACUUUCUUGCUCCCAUGCAAACUUGGGAUGCAUGUACAAGAAGACAUUCCUCACUUGGGAUUUUUGUUUUCAUUUGUUUCCUGGUCUCCUUGUUGUUGAGCUAAUCAUUGUUUUUCUUCUUAUGAGAAGAACUCUGUGAACCCUGAGGGGUGCACCAGGUGCCUUCAUUUGUGUUACAACCGCAAGAGCUUUUUUACUUUCUACAGAUGUACAAAACAUUACGAUGAAAGCAAUGCACUUAUGGGGCCUGCUGUUAAAUGCAUGGCCAGUUCAGGUACAGGGGUGAAGCCUUAUGAUGAGAGAACUAGAUACUGUAGAUACUUCCCUAUACCAUGGGUACUCAGUCCUGUUCAUGGAGAUCUAGCUUCCACUUCAGUUUCAACCCUACAAACACCAGAUAAUCAGGGUCUUGGGGUUCCCUUAAAGAGGUAGACCACAAGAGCAGGAUUGAGUAACAUAUCCUAACCCCAGACCUAUGACUCUGAACACUACAUCAGGGAUUCAAAUGCAAAUUACCUACUGAGGAGAUGGUGUUAGACUCCCUAAACUCUGAAUGCUAAAUCCAAACCCUAACCCGGCUCUAAACAAGGGGUGUCCCGUCCUGCCUUUGGAAAGCCACCUUCAUCUCUAGCUCUAAUUAAACACACUUAAUCCAGAUAAUCAAGGUCUUGGGAUUCACUUAAAGAGGAGUUAGAUCACCAAGAGUGUAAUUGAGCACCCGACCCUGAACCCUACAUCAGGGUACUUAAAAGCAAAUUUCCUAGUAAGGUGGUGUUAGUCGGUAAUAUAAAAUCCCUGCACUGUAUGUUAUACCUUAACCCUAUCCUAAACCUCACACCCACUGGUCUUCAGUCCUGGACCUGGAUAUCCGGCUUCCUACAGUCUUCACGUAUUAAACACACUUGAACAAGCUAAACAAGUUCUUGAGAUUUGCUUAAAGAGGAGGUAGAUCACCAAAAGUGGAAUUGAGCACCCGACCCUGAACCUUACAUCAGGGUACUUGAACGCAAUUUACCUAGUGAGAUGGUGUUAGUUGGUAAUAUAAAAUCCCUACAAUGCACUCCCUAAACUCUGAAUGUUAUAUCUUAACCCUAUCCUAAACCUUACACCCACAACACUGUGUUCAGUCCUGGUCCUGGAUAUCCGGCUUCCUACAGUCUUCACGCUUUAAACACACGAGCUAAACAAGUUCUUGGGAUUUGCUUAAAGAGGAAGGUAGAUCACCAGGAGCAGGAUUAAGCACCCCAACCCAACAACCAUGAACCUCAUAUCGGGUCUCAAACGCAGGUGAUGUUUGCUGGUGGUUUGAGAAUAUACUUGCAAUAUACUCUCUAAACUCUGAAUGCUAUAUCCAAACCCUAACCCUAUCCUAGCCCUAAACAAGGGGUGUCCCGCCCUGCUUCUGGAAAGCCACCUUCAUCUCUAGCUCUAAUUAAACACACUUAAUCCAGAUGAUCAAGGUGUUGGGAUUCACUUAAAGAGGAGUUAGAUCACCAAGAGUCUAAUUGAGCGCCCGACCCAGAACCCUACAUCAGGGUACUUAAAAGCAAAUUUCCUAGUGAGGUGGUGUUAGUCGGUAAUAUAAAAUCCCUGCACUAUAUGUUAUACCUUAACCCUAUCCUAAACCUCACACCCACUGGUCUUCAGUCCUCGACCUGGAUAUCCGGCUUCCUACAGUCUUCACGUAUUAAACGCACUUGAACAAGCUAAACAAGUUCUUGGGAUUUGCUUAAAGAGGAGGUAGAUCACCAAGAGUCUAAUUGAGCACCCGACCCUGAACCUUACAUCAGGGUACUUGAACGCAAUUUACCUAGUGAGAUGGUGUUAGUUGGUAAUAUAAAAUCCCUACAAUGCACUCCCUAAACUCUGAAUGUUAUAUCUUAACCCUAUCCUAAACCUUACACCCACACUACUGUGUUCAGUCCUGGUCCUGGAUAUCCGGCUUCCUACAGUCUUCACGCUUUAAACACACGAGCUAAACAAGUUCUUGGGAUUUGCUUAAAGAGGAAGGUAGAUCACCAGGAGCGGGAUUAAGCACCCCAACACAACAACCCUUAACCUUUUUUCAGGGGUCUCAAAUGCAAAAUACCUAGUGUUUGCUGGUAGUUUGAGAUCCUUGCAACAUACUCUCUAAACUCUGAAUGCUAUAUCCUAGCCUUAACCCUAUCCUUACCCUUACACCCUAAACAAGGGAUGCCUAGUCCUGUUCCUAUUAUCGUUUAACUUUCAUGCAGUUGCGUUGAAGAUAAAUUUAGCUUGAAGGUGGCUCUUCAGUAGCAGUAUCGAACACCCAACAUCCCUUCGAUUCAGGGAGCGACUAACGCUGCUGGGCAAGUUGAGGUUGUGGUCGUAAAAGAAUAAAACUGUGACUGUUUAAGCUUUUUUUCCUUGUAAAAAUAUUUCAGACGUCCCCUUAAACAAGCUAUGGACAGCUGAAGAUGAAUAUGCUUGUAGUAAGUAGUAAAAUACAUAUUUAAUAAUAGUCAGGCAGAACUUUAAUGCGAGGUUUUAUGACUACAUUUAACUUAAAAUUGUUAACGUUUAUUUUGCCGCUAAACACAUACUGAGUGGAUAAAAUUUCACUUUAAAUUAAAAGAGCAAUCUAGUCCCUCCAUGGUAACAACCUUUUGAUCAUUU